UUCUUUUUAUUAUAGAUGCCGAAAGAAUAUAAAUAUUCAUCGUCUUCUGAUGAUGAAUCAGUGGAAUUCUUAAAAAAACAAAUUAAAAAAUACAAAUCCAUGCUCAAAGCAGAAAAAUUAAAUGGGAGUUCUUCAAAAACUCAUGAUAACCAAUCAGAGGAGGAGGUGGAACCUCUAAAAAUAAACAAAAAAACACCUCGACGUAAACAAAUAGAGGCAUAUGAAGAGCUGAAGAAUUUAAUAAAAAAAAAUGAAACCUUCGAGCUGAUCCAGGAGACGGGUCCAGUAAUUCAUCCUCCGAUGGUAUCUAAGGAGAAUGUUGCGAAGACGCCUUAA